GUCUUUUACCCUAACUAUCAUGAAGUCUAAUAACUUGUAAGACUAUCUUUCUUUUGUCUGCGUCUGUCUAUAUUAAAAGUCUCCUCAUAACUCAAAACUUGGGAGAUCUUUGACAUGUCUCUAAAGAAACGGGCUUUAGAGAGCAAGAACAAUGAAAGCCACAAGUCGAGUCAUUAUUAUCGAUGCUUGUCAUUCUCGUUCAUAGAUUCAUCAACGGAAGAGAAGAAGAAACCAUUGUCGUUGAAUCGUAUGGAUUCCAAAAAGGUCAAGGCAGAGAUCGUCAAGUGGGCAAAGCGUGUUGCGGCUUAUGCUCGUCAACUUAGCUCGAGAAAACAAGAUUAAGACAUAGGUGAAGAAAGCUUAUUCGAAGAUUGAUUUAGCUCCCCCAUUCGUUUAAUCAUUCCUAGUGAAAAUUAUCGUAUUUCAAAAGAUGUUGAGAAGUCAUGAAACUUGUACAAGCAGAUUCACUAAUGAUUGUUAUUUUGUUCCU